UCCCAUUUUUUUCUCCUUUUCCCCCUCUCUGUGUUAGAGAUACACUUUCUUUUUUUUUUUUUUGACCAACACUUUCUUUUUUUUUAACAUUUAAGUAUUUGUUGUGGUACGUGUAAAAUCUAAAACCUACGGCAGUUUUUUUCGGUUGACAACUCUUUAAAUUGGCUUCAUUGCUCAAUCAUUUCAUUUUCAUGGACCAUGAUUAAAGAGAAUUACAAAUAAAUUAACGUUUAAAUAGGAAAAUAAAAAACAUUGACACUACGACCACAUCUAUUCUCCGAUUUUGGUUUUUUUAGAUCCAUCUUCUACAGUUCUUGCUAUUGAUCUCUUUUUUCUUCUUUCAGUAUCAGAAAUCAAGAAGCUUGCAUUGCAUAUGGAUUGGUGAAGGAGUUAGUAAGGUGUGAAAACAUGGCGUUGAAAAGCAUGUGCAAGCAUUGGUUGUGUCUGCCAAAGUCACACGUUGGUGAAGAUGUAACUCCAAUUGAACCUUUUCAACAGGGACAGUGGGCAAGUCUACCACCUGAAUUGCUUUUGGACAUAAUCCAAAGGGUUGAAAAGAGUGAGACAUCUUGGCCUGCACGUACUGCUGUUGUUUCUUGUGCUUCAGUAUGUAAAUCAUGGAGGGCCAUCACCAAAGAGAUCAUCAAGACUCCUCAACAAUGUGGAAAGAUUACGUUUCCUAUUUCAUUAAAGCAGCCUGCUCCCCGUGAUUAUCAAAUACCAUGCUUUAUUAAGACGAAGAGAGAAACUUCUACAUUCCUGUUGUACUUAGGUUUGGUGCCAACGAGGAAUCAACGAUGUAAGUUGUUAUUAGCCGCCAGAAAGACAAGAAGGGCCACAGGCACGGAUAUUGUCAUAUCCUUGGCUGCAGAUGAUUUUUCUCAAUCCAGCAAGAAUUAUGUUGGUAAACUGACGUCUAACUUUUGGGAAAACAAGUUCACUAUAUAUGAUACUCAUUCUCCAUAUGAUACUGCAAUUCAACCAAACUGUCAAGGUGCGAGAUUUAACUCGAAGCAGGUUUCGCUAAGAGCUCAAGCAUGUUGCUGUCUUAUUAGCACCAUUUUGUAUGACCGGAAUACUCGCACGACUAGGAGGCCAAUAAGAAUGUCCUGCUUCAUGAGCUCAAUACCCGGCUCAGCUAUCGAUAAAGAUGGAACCGCCCCGACUCCAACAUCUUUACCUCCGGCACUGAAAAGGAAAAGUCCAAUGACAGACUCAUACUCCAACAGUGUAUCAGAGCUACCAGGACUUAGUGAAUGCUCUGUCACACCCUUGGUACUCUUAAGCAGACCUCACAAAUGGUGUCAGCCGCAGCAGUGUUGGGCCAAUGACCGUAUUACGGUGAAUUCAGUAAAUAACUUUCAACUUGUAGCUAGUAUGGAUUUAUCUCGUAAUGUUUUCCCUGAAGAGAAAGAUAGGGUAAUCUUGCAGUUUGGAAUGAUUUCAACCAAUACAUUCAUCAUGGACUACUCUUAUCCACUCUCUGCCUUCCAAGCCUUUGCCAUCUGCUUGUCAAGCUUUGUUGCUAAACCAAUCCGUUAAUGACAAGAGAUGUUUUACUAUGUUUGUGAUCAUCAUAUGCUGAUUUUGAAAAUAUUUAAUAAUAAACUUUCAAGUAUUUUAAUACUAUGAUAUCAACCUUAGUAUGGUAACCAACACGGGUAUUUUCAUCUAGAGUUGCCACUUUGGAAAGAGCUUACACGUGAAAAGCUAAGCAAUGAUGAAACUGGAAGGGAAGACUCAAAGGAUCCCUUCCAUUCAGAUACUUUGACAACACAGCAAUUUGCAACAUGAAGGUGUUGACAAAAGUUUAACUGCAAUUGGUGAUGAAAGACAUUAAUAAGAUGCUAUAAACUGUUUCUUGAUGCUUCU